AUGGCGCUCCUGUUCGGCCUGCUGCUGUCUUUCCUCUCCCUGUUCACCCUCGGCGAUGCACACAACAUCCUCCUCCGUGCUCACUCCCGCGAGUGCUUCCACGAAGCCCUGCACAAGGACGACCGAAUGACUGUCACAUUUCAAGUUGGCGAUAGGGAAUUUGGCGGGAGUGGGAAUCUGGACAUCGACUUCUGGAUUCAAGCGCCCGCUGGCAACAACCUUAUUGACCAACGAACCGUGAGCUCAGGCGAUCACUCCUUCGAGGCGAAAGAGGACGGCAAAUAUACAUACUGCUUCAGCAACGAGCACUGGUCAGCAAAUACAAAGGAGGUCAGCUUCAAUGUGCACGGCAUAGUGUAUGUUCCCGAGAGCGAGGCUCCGUCAGACCCACUCGAGAAGGAAGUGCGUUCAAUGUCGGAACUCCUGGCACAGGUCAAGGACGAGCAAGGAUACAUUGUCGUCCGAGAACGUACGCACCGCAACACCGCCGAGAGCACCAACUCUCGAGUCAAGUGGUGGAGCAUCUUCCAACUCGGCGUUCUUAUCGGCGAGGGUGUCUUCCAAGUGUGGUGGUUGAGGAGAUUCUUUGAGGUCAAGUCGCCCGGUAGACCUACAUUCAACAGGGGUGCACUAGGCUAA